UUCACAAACGCGCGCGCUAUCGUGCGUAUCUGUGGUCCACGAGGUGCGCGCGCACGUAAUAUUAUGCCCCACUAUAUCACCCCGUGGCUUUACAAAUACAACUUAAACCAAACUUGAAAAUAUUGAUAGUGGGGGGUUACUACAGGCUAGAGACCAACGUUUCGACGAGUGAAUUUGAUCAUAGCCACAUCAGACAUCGAGGGGCAUAGACACGUACAGCUCAGUCGAAAUCUUGUGUAUUUCAACUUAUAAAAAGUUUAUUAUAUUUCAUCUCAAGUGCAUUUUACAAAAAUAAAAAAUAAUAAUACGUAUUCAAUUUUACCAGUUUAUUAUUGUUAUUUAAAAAUUAAUAAAUUUAAAAAAUUAUUAAUUUUUUUUUCAUAAAUUACAAUUGUUGAUUAAUUGAGAAAAAAAAAAAAAAAAAAACUUGUAAAUUUUUUUAAAUUUUCAAUCAGUAAAAUUAUUUGUUGAUUUGUGAAAUAAAAAAAGUUAGUGUUUGAAUAUUUUUUUUUUUUUUUUGCAAUAAUUUGGACAUUUGCAACAUCAUUAAAGUGACAAUCGAAAUUUAAUUUUUUGCGUGAUAGAAAAAAAAAAAAAAAACUGUAUCAAAUCGUGACUGUGCUCAUUGUUUUUAUAAGUAAUUAAAUAAAAAUUAUUAUCAUAGUCAAAAUUGAACUUAGAAAAAAAAAAAAAAACAUUAGAAAAAAAUAAAAAAAGGUUGAUAAUUGUUGAAUCACGGAACAAUUAUUUUUCAUAAAAUUAUUACUUGUGAUAUUAUUGAAAAAUAAGAGUUUUUAUAUUUUAAUAAAAGCGUUUGACGCGCGACAAUCAACACUUAUGGAAAUUGAUCCAUUCGAGGAUCCUCCUUACAGACGCUUUAGACGGCGUUAUAAUUAAUAAUUUUAAUAUUGUUUUAUGUUUAAGUGGUGUGAUAAUAAUAUAUAAUAAAAAUAAAAAAUUAUAUUUUUAAAUAACGAGUGCAUUCAAUUAAAUAUCGUACUCAAGCGUACUACAACCAUAUACCACGUGCAAGCCUCGGUGACAGAAAAGAGGUCGUCGCACUUGGACACAAUAAUGAAAAUUUCUAAUAUUAAUUUUUACCUGUGUGAUAAUAAAGUGUAGAAAAAAAAAUAAAUAUAUAUAUACAAAAAAUAUAUACUCAAAUAUUAAAAUUGAACAAAAAAAAAAAAUAUAACAAGACUUUUUAAUAAUAAACGAUCAAAUGCUUUGUCAAAACUCUUUAGACAAAUUUACUCCAAGUUGAUUCAAUUUAUUUACCAAGUGUAAGUGCUCGAAACUUUUGACAGACGAUUGUUUAAGUUAUCGUUACUUUAGUUAAAGUGCUCAAUUGAAUCAUCUUAUUCAUUUAUCAAACAAGAGAAAAUAAAAAAAUAUUAAAUUAAAUUUAUAAUAAAAAAAAAAAUAAUGGCUAUUCCAUUUGCCUUGCCGUCUGAGGACGAGGCUGAGACACAGAGUCAACAGUUGGAGCAGCUGAUGCUCGACCUUUACACAGCCCUGCAACAGGUCCUUCGAACCAGAAAUUCACAGCAUCCAUCACGCAAUCAUCGCUUACCAAGACGAGUUGGUGAUAUUUCUGGAAAUCGUGAUCAUCCAGUUAUAUUGAUUGAUUCAGAUUUAUCACGUUUACCACUUCCUGAUCUUGUACUAUCAGCUGUUGAACAAUUACCACCACCAGAACCACAAGUUACAGUAUCAGCACCAACUAGUCCAACACGUGAUGCUGCAUUUCAAUUUCCUGAAUGUAAUGCACCAGUACCAAGUCCAAGACCAAGACCAAGAAGAAGAAGACUUACAUCUGAAAAUUCAAUACUUGAAAAAGGAACAAAUAGAUCAGAUAAUAAUAGUGGAUGUUGUAGUCAUCUUGGUCAUUCUUGUAAUGAACGUGAAUGGGCAAGUGUUGGUGCAAAUCUCAGAAAUAUUGCUGAUGACUUUCAUGCCUCCAAGACCAAGGAUGCAGAAAUUGAAAAAUCAAGACUACCAUUUAUUGGUGCAAAUUUUCCAAGUGUAACAGCAUCAACAACGACGUCUUCAACGGACAGUCUAUUUUCAAUGUUGAUUCCGGCGCCACUUCGAGAGACUUUGUGGACGACAGUGGCACUUUACCUUGGUUGGCGGCUUGUAUCACGUCUGCGAUAGAGACGGGCAAGGCGCCUAAAUCGGCGACGACAACGCUGAUGGCGCGAUCAAGAGGUAGUUGACCGAUUAACGAAAAAAAAGAUUGAAAUAAAAAAAAUAAUAAUUUAAAAAUAAUGGGGGGAAACUGAAGAUGAAGAGUAUAUAAAAAAAAAUCCACUGAGAAGUGCAUCAAGUAAUCAAGUUGCUCACAAAAAGGAUUUAACGUUUUAUCACGUAUUUAUUCUCUACACUCGUGCUCCAACACUUCUCAGGAUUUUUUUUUUUAUUUCAAAAAGAAAAUAAACCAAUCAAUCAAGACGUAUUAAAUUAUUUAAUGGAACAAAAUAUAUAUAUUAAUCAUCUCGUGGCUGUUUUGCACAUUCAUCGUUUUGUUCAUCCAGAUGAGAUACUACAAUCAACAUCGGCAUAUAAUCAGAAAGAUAAUUAUAAUUUGAAACAAAAAAAUAUUUCAAAAUUGAAUAAUUUAUUGAAUUAAAUUAUUUAUAAAAAAACUUUUCAUCGAUAAGCAAGGAGAAAGGGCUGGACGAGAUCCAAAGAGGACUUACCGAAUAAUCAAAUGAUGAUCUCACUAUGGAUGUAAAUUAGUAAAAAAAAAAAAGUCUAUAAAAGUAGCGUGAUUUUUUUGUUUUAAUUUUAAAAGAUAAAUAGAAUAUGGGAUUUUUUUUUUUUUUUUUUUUGUGAUUCUUAGGUAUCUUUGUCGACAAAGACCUGAGAAUAAUUUAUUUUAUUUUAAACUACUCGAGACACUAGUAAACACUAAUGCUUUUAUCGUGAUUUUUUGAUAGUAUAUUAUUCGCUUUUUAACUAUGCUAAAUUAAGAAAGAAAAAAAGAAAUUUCAAAAUAAAUAUAAUAUAUAUAUAAAUUAUGAAAUUGUUUAAUUCAAAAAUUUAAAUAUUUGAAAGUGACUUUUUAAAUUACUGUAUUAUUGUGUUUAAGUGUCUCGAGCAAAAAGUCUGUAAAUAUAUAUGAGAAUUAUAAGUGGUGUGUUGUAUUCCAAAAACGAAAAAAAAAAAAAAAAAAAACAAUAAGUGAAUGAAUUUUUAAAAAUAUAAUAGACAGGGGAAUGUGGAGGAUAAAAGAGAAUGUGUAUAAAACAAAAUAAGAAAAAAAAAGAAAAAAAAAUUAACAACAAUUGAUAACUAAAGUAAUAAAUCAGUAAUAAGUCAAAGUAAAAAUAAUUAAAGUAGAUAAAUUUGAUGCUCGCAAAAGUUUUUCAAAUGAUCUCCGGUAGCUUAGCUCUUAUUGUGACAAUUUUAGUUGACACAUAAACAUUCUCGAGACCUUUUAUAAGAAAAAUAAAAAGAAAAGUCUCUUAUUUUUUUUUUUUAAUUUCAAUAUAUAUUUAUUUAAUUUUUUUUUUCAUCUAAAUUUUUUUUUUAUUCUGUUUUAUACUUUUUAUUUAAGUAAACUUUUUAUUAUAUUAUCUUUUCAUUAUCAUUAUUCUUCUUUUUUUAUUUUUAUUUUAAAUUUAAUUGCUGAUUGUUAUGUUUCAAUUAAUUUCCGACAAAAAAAAAAUUGAGAAGAGUAAAUUAUAUAUUUUCAGAUGAAUUAAAAUUUUUAAAUCAAAGAUAAACAGUAUAUAGUAUAUAAUAUAUAUAAAUUUAAAAAAUAUAUAUUUUUAUUUCGUUUUAUAAUAAUCAAUUAUAUUUAUCUCUUCUCAACUGUGAUUUUCGUACUCCCAAUUUUUAAAAUCAUGAAUUAUCGUUCAAGUCAGACAUCGACAACCAAAACUGCAUUUACCGUGACUUUUUAAUAUAGUCAUAUUGACUUUUUUUUUUUUUUUAUAACUACUUUUUUUGUAUGCAUUUAUUUUUUAUUUUGUGUUUUAAUUGUUCGUUUUGUUUUUUUUUUUUUUAUAUUUUGUAAACGUUGAUUAAUCAACAUAAGUAAACUUGUAUUAAGUAUUUCCAGUAUGUAAAAAAAAAAAAAAAAAAAAAUAGUAUUUAUUUAGAUAAUAUGAACGUUUGUAUUUUUUUUUUUUUCCGAGGUUUAAAUUUAUGAACCCCGGAUAGUUCACUUGUAUAAUUUUAACUGCCAUUUGUUCCACCGAGUCGACUUUUCGGCGUCUCUUUUAUCAAUUGUCGUAACAAAAUAAAAUUUAAAAAAAUUAUGAAUAUGUAUUUCAAUUAUUUUUUAAGCAAAAUAAUUAUAUGCGCAGGGCCUGAAUUUAAAUAUAGAAAAAAAGCCUUUAAAAGGCUCAAAAUUUAAUGUAAAUAUUUGCUCAUUUUGUUUGUUAGCUUUUUUUUUUUUUUUUUGAUAACUUUUUUAUUUUUUCAUUAUGUAAAUUUUUGAUUAUUGUUUGUAUUUUUUAUCAUGAUAUUUUCUUUGUUUUUGAAUACAUUGUAUCUAUAUUAUGAAAAAGAUGAAUUGAACAUGUGUAAAAGCAUUUUUAGUUAAUAGACAGCCAUAAUGAAAAUUUAACAAUAAUUAUUAAUUAAUAUACUGAAACGAAAUGAAAAAUAAAAAAAAAUUUAUAUAUGUAUAUUGGAAUAAUAUAAAUGUACUUGUGUAUUUUUUAAAACACAGUAACAUAUUAGGCCAUCUGCCGUAAAUUUUGCGGUCGAUAUGAAGCAAAUAUAUAAUUCAAAAAUAAAUAAAAAUUAAAAAUUAAUGCACCUUUGAAAGGGUGUGAGGAUUUAAAAAGCCUCAAUUUUUUUUGAAAGUAAUAUUAUGAAACAAAUACCGAGAGGUAAAAAUUCUCAUUUAAAAAAUAAAAAUAAAUUAUUAAUAUAGAAAAUAAAGCGCAAAAUUGGCUUGCUUAUGAAUAAUAAUUAAAUAAAAACACAAAUGGAGUAUAAAAAAUGAUAAAAUAUACAAGUAAAGAGCGUCAAGGUGGAGAAGGUGGGACAUAAGCUGUAACUGUGACUAUGUGGAUCAUGGGGAGCAGACUGUAUCAUGAUGUUUUAUGAAAAAAAAAAGAAAAUGAAAAAAAAAAAAAAAAAAAUCAUUGAAAAUUAGCGAAACUAUGUUACUUUGAGAAACAUUGUUCACACUUAUAUUCAAAUUUCAUCUACUUUCACAGUAAAAUGGAAAAAACAAAUUUUUUUUUUUUUUUUUCUCUAUUUCUUUUUUAAAUACAUAAAACACGCAUGACAGUCCGCUCGCUCAAGAUCCCCGCGCGUCAAAGCGUCACUGUGAUCUCGUAAUUUAUAAUAAAUAUCUAAUUAUAGUAAUAAAUAAUCAUAUAAAUAUUGUAACCCCAGUCCUCUUCUCAGAAAAAAAAGUAAUAAUAAUGAUAAUCCCCUCCGUAAAGACAACCGAAAAAAAAAAAAAUAAAAUAAAUAAAAAAACAAACGUACCAUACUACGCAUUUAUAUAUAACGUCAUGUUUAUAACUCUGAGUUUCAUUUCACAUAUAAAGCAAAAAGUUAGUUUGUAUUUUUUAAUUAUAAUAUAUAUUUUUUAUUUUCAAAUUAUAUUUUUUCAAAUGAUUUUUUGGCGGCAUUGAUUCAGCGCCAUGCUUCAUUCGUGCCAACAAUGUCACAUUUAAAAAAGAAAUAAUUAAAAAACAAAAAAAAAAAAAAUCUUAUUUGUCGAUAUUGCGUUAUGUAUAAAUACAUUAGUUUAUUAUUAUUAAUUAUUGAUAUAUUAUUAUUAUUAUUAUUCAUUAUUAUUAUAAUUAUAAUUGCGAAAACAUUGCAACUAUUAUUAUCGUACUGUCGCAUACGAAAAAUAAGGUUUGAAUAAUAUUAUUUUAUUUUUGUCAAAUAGAGGUCAUUGACUAGUCUUUAUUGGACAAAAAAUUGAGAUUUUUUUUUCAUUUUCACUUGCUGAAAUAAUUCAAAGAUUAAUGAGGUUGAUUAUACCUGUUUUUUUUUUAAUUUUAUUGACAUAUUUUUUUUUUAAAAACAUUUUUUUUUUUUUGUCACACUCAAUGGAAUGAUCAUCGAUCUGACGAUGGAUUAUUCAUCUUCGUUUUACACAUAAAAAUAAAAAAAUUCCAAAAAUAUAAAUAAAUCAAAUGAUAAAAAAAAAAAUGAUGUUAAUAAAUAAUUAUAAAAAUAUAAUAUAAAUGUGUGAGAUUUCGAAGACUCGAAACGAUAUCCAUCGUCGAGAUCGACAUCAACCGAUAUAUUGUUUUGUAAGAUUUUUUUAUCAAUAAUAAAUUAUUGUAAUACGUCAUAGUCAGAUUAAUAAUUUUUGUUACUUUUUUUUCAUCAAAAAAUUUAUUUUAAUCUGAGCCUUUCAUCUCCCAAAAAAAAAAAAUAAAUAAAUAAAAAACAAAAUAAUGAUAACAAUGAUUCAUAUUAAUUUAAUAAAUUUGAAACUUUAUUGGUAAAUAGGUUCAGGUUUAAAUAUUUCAUUGAAUGCAAAAAUUUAAUAUUCACAUGUGUCAAUAGAAAAGUAUUUUUUAAUAUAUAAAUUUGUUUUUUAUGUGAUUGCACAAAGUGCAAAUUUGCCAUAAUUCAGGGAAAUCAAUAAUGACCCAAUUUGCUUGAAAAUUGUAAUAAAAUAAUCAUUUUUAAAAAAUAACAAGGCACUUAUGAUACAUUAAUUUUUUAUCUAUCAAAAAUUUGUUUAUUUAAUGCUGAUAAUGAGAAUAUAAACUCUGAGAUUUUUAUUCUAUAUAUAGAAAUAAAAAUAUAAAAAAAUGCUCUUUAAAAAAAAAAAGUAAAUUGACUUGACCAAGAACCUGAAUGGGUUACCUGUAGCCAAAUGUCUCGUGGACCAUAAGACCGUCAUUAAAAUCAAUUGAAUAUUGUAAUGAAACGAAAAAGGAGAACAGUGAUAAUAAAUUAAAAAUGAUAGAAAAAAAAGAAAUGAUAAAAUAAUAAUAAAUUAUAAUGAAAAUAAAACAAAAAAACAGAGGUGGAGAUUGUGAUACAUAAUUUACCAAGAAUAGUCAACGCCAAUUAAUCGUUUUAAAAAAAAAAAAAGAGUAAUUAAAUAAAUAAAAUUAUAAUACGAUUGACUUUAUUCGGAAGAGUAUCUUAAUGUCAAUGUAAUACUUGCAUUUACCUUGUGAUAGAGUCUGGACUACUUGAUAAAAAUAUUCGUAAAUAAUUUUUGUUUUUUUUUUUUUAAUUUAUAUUCACAAUAAUAAUCACAACAAAAUUUGUAAUAAUUAAAAAUUUAAAAGACUUUUUUUUAUAUGUGUGUAAAAAUGAUACAGAUUAAAAAAUUUUUAUAAAAAUUUAAAAAAUAAAAAAAAUUGUCCAGCUGACCAAUCCAAAGAAUCGACCAAAUAAAAAUGAGGAGAAAUACGAAUAUUUGCAAGUUAUUGCAUAUGACAUUUUAAGAAACAAUUAACUUCCAAUUAUUAAUUAUUAAUCCUCCUUCGUUUUAUUAUAUUUAAAAUCCAAAACCUUUUUCGUUCAUUCGAGUGUGAUUUUACUGGAUAAUUAAGGCGGUCA